AUUCCGUCAUCCACUCAAUCAGAAUAUUUAGCGAGUUACCGGACACGUUCGCGGACGUGGCGGAGUGACUAUUCCGCAGGCAUAGCCCUGAAAAUGGAAUAUUACGGGCCAGCCAGCGGUGACAUGGCGUAGCGAGCUAAGUCGCUAGCAGCCGAGUCCGUUGCCGCACUGACGAAAUGGGGACUUUCGGGACGCCUCGUGUGAGGCUUUGCAUCGGUCGCGUUUGAGUGUUUUGAAAUUGUGCUUUCAGUUCCACGAUGGGACGUGUGAUCAGGGGCCAGAGGAAGGGCGCGGGCUCCGUGUUUAAAGCCCACGUCAAGCACAGGAAAGGCGCCGCCAAACUCCGCCACAUCGACUUCGCCGAACGCCACGGCUACAUUAAGGGCAUCGUCAAGGAUAUCAUCCACGACCCCGGCCGCGGGGCCCCCCUGGCCAAGGUGGCCUUCCGGGACCCGUACCGCUUCAAGAAGAGGACCGAGCUGUUCAUCGCAGCCGAAGGGAUCCACACGGGCCAGUUCAUCUACUGCGGCAAGAAGGCUCAGCUGAACAUCGGUAACGUCCUUCCCGUGGGCACCAUGCCCGAGGGCACCAUCAUCUGCUGCCUGGAGGAGAAACCCGGCGACAGGGGCAAACUGGCGCGCGCCUCCGGAAACUACGCCACGGUCAUCUCGCACAACCCGGAGACAAAGAAGUCCCGAGUCAAGCUGCCGUCGGGCUCCAAGAAGGUCAUCUCCUCCGCCAACAGAGCCGUCGUCGGCGUCGUCGCCGGCGGCGGGCGUAUCGACAAGCCCAUCCUGAAGGCGGGUCGCGCCUACCACAAGUACAAGGCCAAGAGGAACUGCUGGCCUCGCGUCAGGGGCGUGGCCAUGAACCCCGUCGAGCAUCCCUUCGGCGGCGGCAACCAUCAGCACAUCGGCAAGCCCUCCACCAUCAGGAGGGACGCCCCCGCCGGUCGCAAGGUCGGUCUCAUCGCCGCCCGUCGUACCGGCAGGCUCCGCGGGACCAAGACCGUCCAGGAGAAGGAGAACUGAGACUGAGAGGGACUCUGCUCAAAAUAAAACAAAAAUUGGUUGCGCGCGUGUGCCUCGCAUUGGAUUUCUCUCACGUUCAAAGUCUGCUGAAUUCAAUAAAGUCAUCUUUUCAAAAA